AUGCGAACGUGGGGUGCAGCUACAGCAGGAAUUGGGGGUGGAGAUGAGCUGAAAAUGAACCUGAAUAGGGUUUUGGAAGAGCGGCUGGGCGUUGACGGGGCGGCGGCCUCGGAAUCUGACCUGGUGGGGGAAUUGGAUGUGUAUGUCGCUGGAGAUCUGGAAUGGCACCUGGUGCUGGAGAAUCACACACCGCCGGAUAAGGACCACAUGGUUGAUAUAGCGCAUAGCAUUGGGCAAGUGAUGGACCAGGGAUUGGUGCUGAACCUGAACUUGGAACUAGGUUUCCCGGAGGAGGGUAUGCGUAUGCUGCUCGAUAUUGCGCUGGAGCUGAAAUGCUCGCUGGAAGGAGAUUUGCGGUUGAAGUAUGACAUUCCUGCCAUGUCUGAUGUGGGACUCCUGGAUUUGGUGCAAGAUUAUACGGGUUUGGCAAUGGAAUCGGACCGGCCGAAGCGGGAGUGA